CCGGAUGAAUCUUCACGCGGGUAAAAUCCAACAUGGCGGAACGCGAGAUCACAAUUGGAGGAAGGAGGCUUUCUCAGUUAAAAGUCGAUGAACUGAAAGUUGAGCUGGAAAAACGAGGUCUUAAGAAAAGUGGUAACAAAGGAAUUCUCAUAGAACGGCUGCAAGAGGCUAUUGACAAGGAGCUGGAGCUGAAGGAGGGUUUUGAGAACUAUACUGCUCCACAGCAAAGGCCAGCUCCAGUUGCCAAACCUUGGUCUCAUCCUAUGAUACAACAACAACAGCAGCAGCCUGGUGGUUUUCCUGUGCAGCCAAUGGGAAUGCAGCAAGGAAUGUUAAACCAGCCUCAUGUUAUGAUGAACCAACAGCAACUUAUGAUGAACCAACAGCAGCAGAUUACCUCACCAAUGCAAGUGAAUGAAUUCAGAGAGCAGUGGCCACAAGCCCAAAUUCCACAAUCUCAAAUACCCCAGGCCCAAAUGCCACAACACCGUAUGGCUCAACCCCAAAUGCUAUAUCAACAACCUCAAGAAAACCAGCAAGUCAUAAAUCAAAUUGCAUCAAUACCUGGGAGUCAACCUCUAACACAUUCUUCUAAUCAUCAAGUUCUUCAACCCACAGUUGAACCAGAAGUUGAAUCAUCCAGCUCAUCAGAUAAUGAGCAGGACUCCGCACAACAGUCUUCAAGUUCAUCGAGCCAAGAUUCAGACGAACAGGAGCGUCCCACUCCCACCUCAUUAUUGAACUAUAACUAUCCUGCUGAAUCUAGGCCUGAAACAAAGGUUCCCUUAGUAGGUAUUGAAAAACGUGAAUCCAGAACAGUCGAGGAUGAUGGUGUAGGUGCAAGGGAGGUCACACCAAAGGAGAUGGAGGAAGGGGAGGGUUAUGAGGAAGAAGAAGAUGAGGGAGGUAAGGAUAAAGAGGAGAAAGAAGAGGAGAAAAUCAAGAAAAAGGUAGAGGAGGAAGGCGAAGAGAAAUUAAAUACCAGAGAUACAGACAAAGAAGUAAGAUCACCUUUUGAACAAGAAGAAGAAGGAGAUAGAAGAGUAGAAAUACAAGAGACAUUGUCUGAAAAAAAGGAGAAGGAAGCUGAGGAGGAGGAGGAACCUGAAAAGCUCAGUCAAUCUCCUGUAGAGGAAAUGAGCUUAGCACCACAUCCAGAGCAGCAGCCUUCACCAGCAGAGGAAAACACCUUUGAAGUUGAGCCAAGUGAAGAGGACAAGGCAGUUGUAGAGGAACCAAAAGUUCCAUCACCACUGAAAUCAGCAUCUCCAGUUGUAACCAAGAAAAGGAAGAUAUCCUUACCGAGAACAUCACUACCAAGCACACCAACUGAAGGACAACCUGCCUCCAGGAAAAGAAGAUGGGGCUCAUCAUCAAGCAAGAAGAAAACCUCGUUAUCCAUCAGCACAGAUUCUUUAAAGGAUCUUAUUCCUGGAGUACAAGUGCAGAGUACACCUGCUUUGGAAGCUGUCAUGGAUAUCGGAAACGAUGACAAUGAGGAGGAAGAGGAGGAGCCAGAAGAGAAGAAGGCAGAUCAGAAAUUGGACCCGGAGAAAGAGGAAGCACCUACAGUAACAACACCUGAAGUUAAGGAAGAGGGUAAGAGGAGAAAAGACAGGAUUGUUAAAGUGGAAGAGAAGAAAACUAUCAAGCUUCAGCGAAAGCCUGUUGUUAUGGAGUCUGAACAGGAAACGGCAAAAAUGGAGGUUGAGGAAGAUCCUUUAGAGCAGAGAUUAGAAGGUAACCCGCAUCCAAGACGCACAUCACUUCCAGUCCAAGAAGCGUCCUCCCCUGCACCAGCAGCAGAGCAUUCACCAUCACGUGCCAAAAAUCCCCAGAGUGAAGUGCUUCAUGUCAAGAACCUUGUACGUCCAUUUACACUGAACCAGCUCAAAGAUCUGCUCGGCAAACAUGGAACCUUAGUAGAGGGUGGAUUUUGGAUUGACAAGAUAAAGUCUCAUUGUUAUGUUGUGUACAGCGAUGUUGAAGAAGCUGCGGCCUGUAGACGCGCCCUACAUGGUAUCAAGUGGCCAGUAACAAGUCCAAAGAUCCUUGAUGUGGAUUUUGCUGAUCAGGACGAGAUGGCGCGGGAUACAGAUGGAGUCUUGGGUACAAAGAAGGAAAAAGAACGAGAGAUCAAAGCCGAGAAAGUUCCAAAAAGAGAACAACCGGAGGAGAAGCCGAAGGAAGUCGAAGAGGAGGAGGAAGACGAUCAAAAGAACCCUGGAAACCUGCUGGAUAAUCUGUUCAGGAAAACCAAGACCACGCCCUGUUUAUACUGGCUACCACUCACUGACGAGCAGAUUGCGACGAGGGAACAAGAAAGAGAGGAAAGACGGAAAGCGAGGCAGGAAGAAAGAGACAAAGAAGACGAAGAACGAAAGGAAAGACAACAACAACGAGAGAAAGAGCGGGAAAUGGAGCGCGAGAAAGAAAAAGGAGAACGAGAAACAGAGAAACCGCGCUCACGAUCACCAAGAAACAGACGGAGAGAGCGGAGCAGAAGUAGAAGUCGCGGACCCAGAAGACGAUGAGUUGAACAGUGAUGAAUUAGAAUGAUUACAUCGCUCCUCUGAAGUCUUUUUAUUAUUUUACAUAUUCUAUUUGUGUAGUUUUAUUUGUUAAAGUUAUAUUCUUACACCAACUCGCCGUUCCUUGGAGUUAGAUUUUUUAUUGAUUCGCAAACCAACAUAAUCUCACAAACGAUCUGAAACGAGCUUGUUAAGCGAGGUCAUGCUUUUUCGACGAUGUUGCCGCAUGCGAACUUUUCUUUAUUAAAAAUAUGACACCAAUAAUCAGUGGUCUGAAAUCGUAGUAUUAGACCUUAGGGGAUAGAAAAAGACAGGAGUGAAACACUUUGCAAAACUCAUUGGACCGAUAAUUGUUCUAUCUUACAUAACCUAUGCUUCAUUCUUUAAAGAAUAUUUAUUCUUAUUUUGAACUCUUUACGUAACAUUGCGAAAAUAUCUUGUCCUGUUAGCCUCUGCUGCUGAAAUUUGCCAUGGUUGUGUUACAUCCUAACAAGAACUUAUGAGAAAAGUCAUUUAUUUCUCCUGCGUUUUAGUUCUUUUCGGACGUUUUCAUGGGAGCAGUGCUGCCCAAUACUUGUCAGCCGACGUCUUAUCUUUGUAAAAAGGUUUUGAAUAUGUUUUCUAGUGACUUCUCGCGCAAGGUUAUCUCUUGAUAGAAGUGAGGUAUUCCCUUAGAGUUAAUAGAACAUAUUGUGAAUAAACCAGACGAAAAUAAUCUUA